GAGGUCAGGACCAGGAUGUUUCAGGCGGCAGCAGCGACGCAGCAGCAGGCGUGUCUCUUCCUCCUCGCUGUGAAAGAAGGAAGCUUCGUCUUGUUACAACAAAAGUCCCGCAGAGAGAAAUUAAUUCGGCCAUGGAGGUUCCUGGACCGGACAGCGACUGGAGGAGCCCGCAGUUUCGGCAGAAAGUCGUGGCUCAGAUGUGAGAAACGUUGCUUCUUUCUCCGGGCUUCAGCUCAGCUCCUUGAAGACGCCAUGAGGAAGGCAGGAACGGCCAACACCACACACAAGUCUGGUACCGACAUGGAGAACCACGUCUACAUCAAAGCCAAGACCAGAGAGGAGUACUUGUCUCUGGUGGCGAGGCUCAUCAUCCACUUCAGAGACAUCCACAGGAAGGCUCUGGGAGGAUCAGAUCCCAUGAAUGCCCUGACUAACCUGACAGGGGUUGGAGGGGGCCCGAACACCAUUGGCAUGGGCCCUCGCCCUCCCGGGGCUCCGGUGGGUGGCAUGGGGGCCAUGGGGCCGAUGCAGAUAAGCCAGCAUGCCAUGGCAGGGGUGACUGGAAACCCACAAACCAUGGGAGGUCCGGGUCAGCUGUCCAUACAGCAGAUGGUCCAGCAGCAGCAGCAGCAGCAGCAGCAGCAGCAGCAGACCUUGCAGUUCCAGCAGUUCCAGCAGGCCCAGCAGGCCCAGCAGCAGCAGCAACAACAACAACAACAGCAACAACAACAACAACAACAACAACAGUUCCAGCAGCUCAGAGUUCAGCAGCUGCAGCAGCAGCAGCAACAGGCCCAGAACCAGCAGCUUCAGAACCAGCAGAUGCAUCAGACCAGGAUGCAGCAGCAGCUGAUUCUACAGCAGCAGCAGCAGCAGCAUCAGGCCCAAGCUCAGGCCCAAGCUCAGGCYCAAGCCCAAGCUCAGGCUCAGGCCCAAGCCCAGGCUCAGGCCCAAGCUCAGGCCCAGGCUCAAGCUCAAGCACAGGCUCAAGCUCAAGCUCAGGCCCAAGCGCAGGCUCAGGCCCAGUCCAUUCAGCAGAUGGUCCAGCAGCAGCAGCAGGUUCAGCAAGCUCAGAUGCCUCCACACUCUCAGCAGCAGCCUGGCAUGGUGCCUCAGUCUCUGGCCGGACAGAUGACAUCAGCUCAGCAUGUUCCCAUCAACUCUUUGAGCCAGCAGCCGCAGCUGAAGUUCCCGUCCCGUGCAACCUUACCAAUGCAGCAGGCCGCUGCCGCCGCCGCCUCCGCUGCUGUACCUGGACAGAUGGUUCGUCCUCCUCAGAAUCCAAUCCGGCUGCCUCGAGCUCCUCUCAACACCUCCGUCCCUCCUCCGAAUAUGGCCACGCCCCCCACCGGGAUUGCCGGACAGACACCACAGGUGCAGCACACUAUGAUGUCAUCACCCUCACCUGUGCAGGUGCCUACGCCACAGAUGCCGCCUCCCCCUCAGCCGUCACCACAGCCCCCCUCCUCCCAGCCCAACUCGGCCAGCUCCGGUCCAACCCCGUCUCCGGGGGGCUUCCAGCCCAGCCCGUCCCCUCAGCCCUCCCCCAGCCCGGCCUCCUCCAGGACCCCCCAGCCAAGCCAUGGAGUGGCGUCACCAGGACCGCUCAACACUCCAGUUAACCCCAGCCUGGUGAUGAGUCCGGCCGGAGCCACGUCUCUGGAGGACCAGCAGUACAUGGAGAAACUCAAACAGCUGUCCAAAUACAUCGAGCCGCUUCGCCGCAUGAUCAACAAGAUCGACAAAAACGAAGAUGAUAAGAAUCUUCCCAGCGUUCCUCCUCUGCAGCUCAGCGUUCCUGCAGAGUAUCCAGAUCAGAGUCCACACUGGGCCAACGACGGGGACCAGUACGGAGCCAACAGUUUCCUGCAGACUGUCCACAGGAACCUGACGUCCAAGCUGCUACAGCUGCCGGACAAACACUCGGUGACGGAGCUGCUGAACACCUGGGCUCAGAGCGUCCGGCAGGCCUGCCUGUCAGCAGCCUGAGGCCCCGCCCACAGGAAACCUGGACAC